AUGGCCUUUGUGGAGGAGACUAUUCACGUCUCGGUCAAGGACACGUCUUCCCCAUUGUCUGAUAAAGUUCGUAAACCCCCUCCUGAAGAAUCUGCCAUUCCGGUUCCAUUCUCGUAUACCCCGAGUGAUGAUGGAAUAGACGAGAACCUGUUGAUUUUUUUGCACGGUCUCGGGGACACGCACAAACCGUUCUCGAAGCUCGGAAGACAGCUUAAGCUGCCGCAAACCGCUACUUUGUCCAUACGUGCGCCUGAAAAGAUUCCUUUCUUAUACGAGGAGGCAUAUCAAUGGUACACGUCUUUCGACGGUUUUGGGGAGCUGAUCGAAAGGCCUGAUCCCACCCCGGCCAUGAGCCUGAUUUCCGCAGUAAUCAAGCAUUUUGUCAGGGACUGCGAAUGGACUAUGAACAGGAUUCAUCUGUUUGGAUUCGGCCAAGGCGGAAGUGUCGCCGUCCAGUAUGCGAUUCACCACUGGAAUGAUCUCCUGUUACAACAGCAGACCGCGGAUCUCAAACUAGCAGUCAAUGUUCCGACGUCGUCGAAUACUAAUACACCCUCCGGCCCCAGCGUGGAUACACGGAAGGGGUCGCCAGUUGCUAUCAUUUCAUCGAACUCCCUGGCAUCCGUCGUAUCUGUCUCGGGUCCACUACUUUCAUAUCCAACGCUGAGCCAGAAGUGCCCUACCCCUGUUGCCAUCUCGUAUCGUUUACCCCCCGCCGAAGAAGCCCUGACGCAAUCACAAUUAACCGAGUUCAAGAAGGCAUUCACGCGAGUCGAGGAAGUAAAGUUAUCGGACAAACGGGGCGGUAUGCCUGCUUCGAGAGGCGAAUGGGAAGGGAUCAUGAAAUUUUGGAGUGAUGUCCUGGAGAGGAGGCGCGGGGAGGGGCUAUUUGAGGUGAUGAGCGGUACGCCCAAAUAG